GUGACACUAAGAGUUAUUUUUGAAUAUAGAUUCAAGAUACACAAUGAGGCCUUGGACCCAAACACUUGGUCCAGUUUACGAAGCAUGUGAACUAUCUCGAGGGUUUAUUUUUCGCGAGCAAUUCCUCUUGCCCGUAGGAUCUCCCUAACACCGCCUGCAUGGCAUCGCCUAACAACCAUGGGCCCGCGAGCAAAAAUCGCUACGACGUAGAAGGAACUGCCCCAUCGAAGACGACUGUGACGGACAAAUAUGGCCAGGAAAUAUACUGCGAAUAUGAUAUGACGAUGAGAAAUUGGGAACUAGUUAGAGAGCUACUGAAAGUUCUCGCUUGGGGUCUGUCGUGCGGUGCAUUGGCGAGUGCGGUCGUCCUAUUUUCCGUAUUCAUUAGCCUGAGGGCCUCGCAGAUUGCAGAUCCGUACCUUUGGCUUACUGUUAUUUCCUACAUUGGGACCGAGACUUUCUACACGACAGUUAUAGUCGCGCUGACUAGUCCGAAAGUAGCUCUCCGAUUACAGCGAAAGACAUAUGGAGCCGGUAUCGUUGUGCUAAUACUCGUAUGCGUCGCAUUGCGACAAUGGAGAGCGGACGGCAGCGCAUUAACGGUAUUUGCCGCCAUUGCCCCAUUUUGCACAUGCUUGCUGGUUUAUAACUGGCAAGCUAGUGCCAAAGCAUCUAUGACUGAUGACGAUGAAGCAAUGGGUGCAAGUCAUACUGGGGUGGUACGAGCCGCCGCACAAUCAGACGAGAUGAAAGCGGGAAACGGACUCGACAUGGUGAAAGAGACAACCAAUCCUCCGUCAACAACCCCAGAGGCCAAGAGUUCACCAGUGCCAACAAGAGUCAUCGCAAAUAUUUUCCGCAACAUUGUGAUUCCUUGCAUACCAACAUUUUCAGUGACCUUUGUAUUUUUCGGAGCCCUAACUGCGAUAACAAUAUCCCACAAACUUUUUGUAGCAGCCAAGAAACCGCUUCUUGACACAUUGACACUACUCGGUUGGCCAGUUCUCCUUGUCGGUCUGCGAGCGCUUUCUAUGGCAUCAAUACAGACGGCGGCCACCAAAAUUCACGUAAACGAUUCCGCGGAGCAGGGACAGGCCAAGGAUAUCGUCAGAUCGGCCGAAGAUGCUGACAAGAAGGUGGACUCUGUUAUCGUCACCAGCGGUGGCAAGACCCAAUCCCCGCCACCCCUAGACCUAGUAACUGGGUUUGUCGUCCCACUGCACACGUCCCUGUUCGCUGUUGCUGUAACUGAUGCAGAGCUGUACAAUGUCUACACAAGCACAACAUGGACGCAGUUUGCCUUGGGAUUAUCAGCAGUUGUCGGAAUGAUGUUCGCUGAAACCAUGUUGGGCAUCUGGAUUGUUGGGAAUCCUGCGAAUAGAAAUAACGCGAGCAUAUUUAGCCGCAUUUCAGAACGAAUAGCGAGAAGAACUCUUCAACCAACUAUGACAGAAAAUUCAAUAUACGUGGCCAAACCGUCGCAGUAUGCCCUCGCUCGGAAGUUUGUGAUCUUUGGCAGGACAGUGGCAUCCGUGACUUCCGCAUUCCGAGUUAUCUUCCUGCACUACCUGCCAACGUUGCCAUCAAUAGGUGGAAAUAUUUGCGAUAAAAGCGGGAUAAUGGGAAGCUAUACGUAUUUCUUAUUUCCAAUGCCGGAUGCCGAUGAUAUGCUUCUGUAUCGAGGAUGGAAUGUAACUGUUAGGGUGUUGGUCACAUUUGGUUCUCUGACGCUCACCCUGUUUGCCCUUCUGUUGCUCGAGUGCUGCUAUAGCGUCAAUCCCUUUCGAGUUCGCCGGUUUGAUCCGUGCCAGGGGAGGUGGUUUAUUACUUCCUGUUCGGUAAUUGUAACUGCGCACCUGACGUUCAUUGCUCUUGUCAUGUUUCUGCACCGGAGAGACUUCCAAUUGAUGGGGAUGGUCGGAUAUUGUGAGCAUGGGGAGUAUACGGGGGAUAUGGCGCACCCUCAGCUUUGAGUGAAGCCAAGGGUGCUGCCACGCUGUAUAGACUAGAUUUUUUGUAUUCGUAAACUAAGGUGAUGAAUGAUUCCUGAGAAU